AUGGUCCGAAUCAUCAACUAUUUCACUCUACUCCUCGCUGCUGCCGCCACUAUGGUUAGCUCUGCUCCUACUACGACUCCCACCCCGACUCUUGAGAACACCCUGAAUCGGGUCGGUCGAAGUGCCUCCCCUGAUGGCCUAGGUCACUCUAGAGACAAGGUUGACUUCAUCACUGAAGCCAAGGCAUUUGCUGAGGAGGAGAUGAAGGAAGCCGAAGAGGCGUACAAGCUUGCAAGGGCUUUGUACAGACAGCGCAUGGAUGCUGCUGAGAAUGAUGGCAAGAUCCAAUUCACUCAGUUCUCGGAGGUUUCCUAG